AUGUCGGCGGCCAAGGCGGCGGCCAAAGCGGAACGCGCCGCGGCGCUCCGUAAGGAUGUCGACUUCGUCGAACACACGUGGGCGGCGGAAAAGCUCUAUGCGCACUUUGGAUGCACGCUCGAAGAUGGUUUGUCCAACGAGCGCGUGCUCGAGAACCGCGCCAAGUACGGCGAAAACCGGCUGACGCCUCCCGAGGUGACGCCGUGGUACAUCAAGUUUUUGAUGCAGUUUGCGAACUUUUUCGCGCUCUUGCUUCUCGGGGGUGGGGUGCUUUGCUUCGUUGGUUACGCCAUCGAUAGUGAAAAGGAUCAAACGAACUUGUAUCUCGGCGUGGUGCUCUUCACCGUCGUCAUGAUUACGGCGACGUUUUCCUUCUUGCAAGAAGCCAAGUCCGAAGCCAUCAUGGAGGGUUUCAAGAGCAUGAUCCCGAAGAAGUGUAAGGCGAUCCGUGGCGGCAAGGCUGUCGUCAUCGAUGCCUGGGAGCUCGUUCCGGGUGAUGUCGUCGAUCUCAACGACGGCGACCAAGUCCCGGCGGAUAUUCGCGUCAUGCGCUCCAACGAACUCAAGGUUGACAACUCUUCUUUGACCGGUGAGUCUGAGCCGCAAGAUCGUACUCCGGAACUCGCGGUCGACUCCAAUGGUAACAUCGUCACGCAGCCGCUCGAAUCUACGAACUUGUGCUUCUACACGACGAUCAUCAACUCUGGUUCCGGUCGCGGCGUCGUCAUCGGCAGCGGCGAUCGCACCGUCAUGGGUCAAAUCGCUGGUCUCGCCACGGAAACGAGCGGUGAAGACUCGCCGAUUUCUAAGGAAAUCAAGAAGUUCAUCCAACUCAUUUCUAUCGUCGCCAUCACGCUCGGUAUCGUUUUCUUUGUCGUCGGUUUGACCAACGGGACGGCGAUUAUUCAAAACGUCGUCUUCAUGAUUGGUAUCAUCGUCGCCAACGUGCCGGAAGGUCUCCUCGCCACCGUGACUGUGUCUUUGGCUUUGACUGCCAAGCGCAUGCACGCGAAGAACGUGCUCGUGAAGAACCUCGAAGCCGUCGAAACUCUCGGUUCGACGACUGUCAUCGCCUCCGACAAGACGGGUACGCUCACGCAAAACCGCAUGACGGUGCAACACGCGUGGUACGACAACAAGGUUAUCUCUGAACCCGGCCAAACGCCGGAUGGUGAACCGUUCUACGAUCAGUCUUCGGAAGCGUUCCAACGCUUGCUCCAAGUCGCCACUUUGUGCAACAACGCCGAGUACUUGACGAAGAGCGAAGACGGCUCCUUCAUCGACCUCAAGGCUGAAAUGAUGAACCCGAACUUCAAUAUUCUCAAGCAACCGGCCACCGGUGACGCUUCCGAACAAGGUUUGCUCAAGUUGGUUCAGCCGCUCAACGACGCUCUCGACACCCGCGCCAAGUACCCGAAGUUGUUCGAAAUCAAGUUCAACUCGACGAACAAGUGGCAGCUGUCCAUUCACGGGCAACCGGGCGGCCGUCCGCCUCUGCUCGUGCUCAAGGGUGCGCCGGAGCGCGUGUUGGCCAAGUGCACGUCGUACUUUUCCAACGGUAAGACGUCGAGCAAGGAUGCCGAAUUCGAGCGCACCUACACGCAGUCUUACGAAGAUCUCGGCGGUCGCGGUGAGCGCGUCCUCGGUUUCGCGUUCAAGGAACUCUCUGGAUUCAAGAAUGACUUCAAGUUUUCCCAAAAGCCGAAGCCGAACUUCCCGAUCGAUGACCUCACCUUCGUCGGUCUCUUCUCUCUCAUUGACCCGCCGCGCGAAGGCGUUCCGGAAGCCGUGACGAAGUGCAACCGCGCUCGCAUCAAGGUUUACAUGGUCACGGGUGAUCACCCGAUCACCGCAGCGGCCAUCGCGAAGCAAGUGAACAUCGUCUCUCAAGAAAACCUCGACAACGGCACAGCCUGCGUCGUGAAGGGCGACGACAUUCGCGCGUGGACUGAAAUUGAAGACCCGGUCGCUCAACGCGCCAAGUGGGACGCGGCUCUCGAUCACAAGCAAAUCGUUUGGGCGCGCGUGUCUCCGGCACACAAGCUCUUGAUCGUCGAAAACUGCCAACGACGCGGCGAAAUCGUCGCCGUCACCGGUGAUGGCGUCAACGACGCCCCGGCGCUCAAGAAGGGUGACAUCGGUAUCGCCAUGGGUAUCGCCGGUAAGGAUGUUUCCAAGGAAGCGGCUGACAUGAUUCUCAUGGAUGACAACUUCGCCUCCAUCGUGAAUGGUGUCGAAGAAGGUCGUCUCAUCUUUGACAACCUCAAGAAGUCCAUCGCGUACACGCUUUCUUCCAACAUUCCGGAAAUCGCGCCGUUCUUGUGCUACAUCACCGCCAAGAUUCCGUCUCCGUUGACCACCGUGCUUAUUUUGUGCGUCGAUCUCGGUACGGAUAUGGUUCCCGCUAUUUCCAUGGCGUACGAAGAAAAGGAAGCCGACAUCAUGGAUCGUCCGCCGCGCAACGCGCAAACGGAUCGCCUCGUCAACUUCCGAUUGAUUUCUUUCGCGUACCUUCAAAUCGGUAUCAUCCAAGCCCUCGCUGGCUUCUUCACUUACAUGCUCGUCCUUAACGACUACGGCUACACGCCGAGCAUCUUGAUGGGCAACGGCUUGAAGUGGACCAAAAACUCCUUGCUCUGCACCCUCAACGGUGACAGCAUCACGCAACCGAACGUCGACUACCAAACCGCCGCUCUCGAGUACGCGCAAACCGCGUACUUCAUCACGAUUAUCAUCGUCCAAUGGGCCGAUUUGAUGAUCGCCAAGACUCGCAAGUUGUCCAUCUUUGAACAAGGCAUGGGUAACGACUUCAUGAACUUUGGUUUGAUCUUCGAAACCGUCCUCGGCGCCACGUUGUGCUACACGCCCAUCUUCAACAAAGUGUUUGGUACGCGCCCGCUGCACGUCCUUCACUGGUUCUCUGGCGUGCCUUGGUCGAUUUUGAUCUUCACGUACGACGAGUUGCGCAAGUCUUUGAUUCGCUCCAACCCGAAGGGCUGGCUCGAUCGCUGGACGUACUGGUAAACACGUUUACCGGGGUAGAAGAUUCUUCCUAGCUUUUCCUUCCAUAUCUGUUUUAACGGAAAAUUAUCAAGUUGAUUCAUAA